GGACGAGCCAAAGUGUUUCACAUGACCCAAGCGGCCCAUGAUGCUUUUGACAAACUGAAGCUGGCUCUAAGUUCUGAAACUCUUCUCUCUCGUCGUGAUUCAGAAGCACCACUAGCCAUCAUGACAGACGCUUCAAAUGUUGCGGUAGGCGCAGUACUACAACAGUUUGUUCACGGUCAGUGGGAACCAUUAUCUUUCUUCUCGAAACGACUUAAUGCUUCUCAAUCGCGAUACAGUACAUUCGGCAGAGAGCUACUGGCGAUUUACUUGGCUAUCAAGCACUUCAGAUAUAUGCUCGAAGGGUACUCAUUUAUAGUAUUCACCGACCAUAAGCCACUCACAAAAGCAAUUGAUGCAAAGCAUGACAACUACUCGCCGCGAGAAAUUCGACAUUUAGAAUUUAUUUCACAAUUCACUUCAGAUAUAAGGUAUAUCAAAGGCAGCAAAAAUGAGGCAGCUGAUGCUUUGUCUCGUAUGUACGUAAACGUCUUAGAACGUGACCGUAUUGACCUAGCAGAAAUGGCAAAGUUGCAGG